GCGCUGCGCCUGCGCUGUUGUGCGGGGCGCGCUCUAGUGGGAAAGUUGUGUACGCGCUGACUACGCGGAACUAUGUACACAACAGUUAGCGAGUGCGGUUCAAGUGCAGUCAGUUUAAAGAUGUAGGGAUCAUUCCUUUUCGAACACCAAUAAAACUUAUAAUAUAGCGUGAAUUGUUUCACUUUGUGAAAAAAAGGUACUUUUAAACUCAACCUAUUCGUACCAGAAAACACUUCAUCAAGCAAUUUCUUGCUAGUGUUUUCGGACAACUGUAUAUAAUCACUGACCCACAUCUGCUGUAAAUCACACUCUAUAGAUAAUCACUGUCCUUUCAAACGUAUCUUUAUGUAUGGAAACUAGAAAAGAGAGACAGUCAUGUAGGGAAGGAUCAGGUUUAUAAUGAGGAACUCAAGGACCUACUGCAGCAAAAACGAAUUUUUGACUAGUAUGGUGAACCAUUACCGUAGUGAAAGAAUCAAUUUUAGUGACUCUAUACUGGAUGCAUGUGUAAGACUAUCCAAAUUCGUUACUUGCUAAAUUCGUUGACUGCGAGGGUUAUUCUUCCGGACUUUGAAAUCGUGAUUGCAGCCUUGUUGCCUCAACCCUUCGUGGAUUUUUCUCCACAUUCAUUUAAAUCUGCUCGAUGCCGAACUAUUAAAUAAAGCUGCUGUUGUGUGUAGCUGCAGUGAAGUUAUCAGUUUGGAACAAUUUAGACAAUGUACUGGGUAUUCGUUCGUAAAACUGACAAAGAGUUAGGUCUGAUAGACUAUGAAUAAAUAUCCUGCCUUAUAAUAGCUGAGUAGACUACACAAUUCGCGAGUCGCGAGCAUCAAUCCCAAGCCUCCAUAGCCACACUUAGAACAGGCAAUCGGAAUAAUGAUUGUGUGUUCUUUUUGAGAACAGUAUGUUGUUGCAACAACAUUGUGAUUAUUAUUUGAUUUUUCAGAGAGAUACUAUUCUUUUUUUCCUAUAGCUGACUCGUGAAUGACCUCGUUGAUAAGAAUUAUUUCAAAGCUAUUAAUAACUUGUCAGUGUGGAAAAUAAAUAAUUUGUGAAGUAAUAGCUACCGAGUUAAGAUUGUAGUGAGGUUCAGCUUGAAGUAAUCCCCAUUCAAACUUUCCGCUUUGCCUAAGAGAAUCGACCCCAGAAGUGAAGAAAGAAGACUGCAACUAAUGAAUAACAGUAAUACAGUCAUUAGGCUCCGAAACAUGAGUUUAAGUCGGCUGGGUAGUUCCAUGUACAAAUCGUACCAGAACCUUUUGCGAAGAUACCCCGUCGGCGUACAAGCCGUCCAAACGUCGGUAUUUACUGGUGUGGGCGAUGUUAUUGCUCAGCUAUUCGUCGAAAAGAAGGAAAUGAAGGAUUUUGAUGUAAUGAGACUUCUACGUUUUGGUGCCAUCGGAGGCAUUUACAUCGGUCCAGUUCUGCGAACGUGGUUUGGUUUCCUGGAUUCCAGAUUUAAAGGCAGGAGUGCGAUUAUCGUCGUGAAGAAGGUUGCACUUGAUCAGCUGUGCUUCGUUCCAGUUUUCCUAGGCGUCCUAGUGUCGAUUAUUGGGUUUGGAAAUGGAAAAUCUGUAGAUCAGGUGAAAGAGAAACUGGAAGCAGAUUACCCGGAUAUUAUGAUGACUAACUAUAAGAUAUGGCCCUUGGUGCAGACUCUAAACUUCUCCGUCGUGCCAGUCCACUAUCAGGUUCCCCUGGUCCAGGUAGUAGCCGUCGGCUGGAACACGUACAUGUCUUGGAAGGCUCAUCAGCCAGUUCAGAAGAAACAGGAACUCGCCCACGUCGAGUAACUACUGCUAAGAUGUGGCACGGCAGCCGUAUCCCUUGGGAUCUGUAAUGCUCAAUUGUACGCUGUGAAACGAACUUUAUCAGUGAACUUAUCUGCAUUGUCUCUGUGACCUUCAACAGGACAGCCGGAGAUAACAUUUCAGAGUACAAAAUUACAAAUUACAGGAAGGUCCUGAUACUAAAUACAGUAUUCCUUGUACAAUACGCUAAAAUCAUGGAACAAAGAUUUUUUAUCCACUUCAGAUUUGUUUUGUAAUUCAAAUAAAAGGACGAUAUUAUCUUUUUCCAUUAAA